AUGAAUACUGCAAAAAAUAGUUGUGAAAUUGGAAAUGGUUUAGAUGAUCUUGGGAUUCCUGGACAAGGCUUUUUAAGAGAUGCUUUAACAAGUUGUACAGAUCCAUUAAAAGCAAUUGAAGAAUUUCAAUUAGAAAAUGGUAUUUUAUUACCAUCCUUACGUCCAAUGUUACCUUUACUUGAUCUUCAUGGAGUAAGAAGAUUAGAUUUCCAUGCCUCAGUUCUUGAAGAAUUAAGGGAAAAAUUAAUAAAAAGAAUCAAUGAAAUUGGAACAGAAAGAGCAGAUAAAAGUUCUGCAGGUGAUAGAAGAUUGAAAGAAUUAUUAUCUAAAAGUUUCCCAGCUGUAAGAGUUGCAGCACUAAGACCAAUUGUAAUGUGUAUUCUAAGAAAUACACCACACAUAGAAGAUAAAUAUUUACGAGUACUUGUUAGAGAAAAGGAAUUAUAUAAUGAUGCAGAUACUGAAGUUAAACGUCAAAUUUGGAAAGAUAAUCAGAGUUUAUUUGGAGAUGAAGUUUCUCCAUUGUUUAGUCGAUAUAUCAUUGAGAAAGAACAAAUACUAUUUGAUCAUCGAAACUUAAAUAGUCUUUUUUUUAUGCCUUCUCCCAAGGUAAGAAGACAAGGUGAAGUAGUACAAAAACUAGCACAUAUGAUUGGACAUAGUGUAAAAUUAUAUGACAUGGUUUUACAAUUUUUGAGAACUUUAUUUUUACGUACAAAAAAUAUACAUUAUUGUACAUUAAGAGCAGAACUAUUAAUGGCCUUACAUGAUUUAGAGGUACAGGAUAUUAUUUCUGUUGACCCAUGUCAUAAAUUUACUUGGUGCCUUGAUGCAUGUAUUAGAGAAAAAAAUGUUGACAUUAAAAGGUCUCGUGAAUUACAAGGCUUUUUGGAUAGUAUUAAGAGAGGUCAAGAACAAGUACUAGGUGAUCUAAGCAUGAUAUUAUGUGAUCCAUAUGCAGUAAACUUUCUUGCUAGUAGUGCAAUUAAAAUUGCACUUCAUUUGAUAAAUGGUGAAGCACUGCCUAGAGAAAAUGCAGUUCUCGUACUAUUACUCAGAAUGCUUGCAUUAGGUUUAUCUGCUUGGCAAAUGAUUGAUUCACAAGAUUUUAAAGAACCAAAACUUGAUAGCCAAGUUGUCACAAAAUUUUUACCUGCUCUUAUGUCUUUAAUGGUAGAUGAUCAAAUAAGACAAUUAAACUGUAAACUUCCACCUGAUGAGAGAGAAAGUGCAAUUGCUAUAAUAGAACAUUCUGGUCCUCCUCCCGAUGCUUGUCAAGCAUAUGCACAACUUUCAGGAGUUGCUGCAGUUUUAUCUAUGUAUUAUGCAUUACAUGUAGGAGGUGGUGGUGGAAUUGGAAGAGGAAGAGGUGAUGCUAGAGGUUUAAUGAGAGUAUUAGCUACUUUACCAAAUUGUCAAGCACAACGUGCAUUUGAAGAUCCCUUUUUACACACUUUAGUGAGCAUUGUAUCUUUAUUAAUAUUAAAUAUGGCUGAUGAGUUUCCUAAUGAAUCAUUCUGUACAGUUAUUUUUGACGAAUUUUUCUUAGCUGGAUUAGGUAGAGAUAAUGUUACAAGACAUUUAUUAAAGUUACUUUGGUACAUUCAUUUAAAAUUACCGCCGACUCGUCUUCAUACGCUAAUGAAAGCACUUCAACCAACUAGUCAGCAUAAUGAAGCAGUACACAGUCUUUAUGAAGCGUUACGUGAUAAAAUUGGAAAUCGUUCCACAGAAGAUCAAUUAACAACUACAACACAAAUAGAUACAUUAGGACUUGAAUGUCCAUCCUCUCCUCUUACUGGUGUACCUACACCAACUUCAUUCAAUACUUACAUUUUAAUGAUAAUAAGGCCCACAAGAGUCCAUUCAGCUGUUUUAAAAAUAACAUUUGCAGCAGAUAAUGAAAAAGUAUUAACUAAUGCUUUAAUUACAGUAUUCUUUGCAUUGUUAUAUGUGUAUUGUGGUAAUUUAUUAGCAACUAAAGCACAGAGUAAAUCAGGUAAUCUAUAAUUUAAAAAAAAAACAAAGUAUGAGUAUUUAUAUUAUAAAUUAAGAUUAUUAAAAAAACAUAAAAAAUCAUAUUACAUUCUAUUAAGUUUGUCUAAAAAUAUUCUACGACGAAGUAUUUUAGGUGCAUGUGCAUCUGUUAAAGGUAAUAUUGGACUAAAAUCAUUACUCUGAUGAGCAACUUCUGUAACAUUUUUAUGAUUUUCUCUAAUCAUACUUCCUUUAUAAAAUGCCCGAACCUAAAAAUAAUAUUUACAUUAAAAGUUAGUUAUUUUUUAAGUUAAAUUGUACUAACUUUUAAUUCUACUUUUUCUCCUUCUUCUCGAAGAACAGAUAAAUGAGGUAAUGGUUUUAAAGUAUUUGUUGUUAAAUCUAAACGAUCAUAUUUUUCAUCUUCUAAUUGCAAUUUAUUUAAUUUCUUACACAGAUGUAAAUAUCUGUCAUGCUGAGCUAUAUUUUCUAACAAUUGGUUUUUAAUACGUUUUUCUCCUGAUAAUAAAGAUACAGUAUCUUCAGUAAUCCAUUUCCUUAUAUUGUGUUCAAUAUGAAUUGCAAGAUUAUAAAAUUUAUUUGAUUGAUUUUCUUUGACAUUUAUUUGUUCAUACUUAUUUUUCUUUUGUUUUACUUUUUGUAUAGAAUCUUUAUUACUAAUAAUAAUAUUUUUUUUUAUAAUAGUUGUAUUAUACUUUAUUCCUGAUGUUUCCAAUAAUUCAUUCUGUUCUUCAUUUUCUAUAUUUUGACAUUUAUCUUCAUUGAAAAGUACAUCAUUAUUUACAUUUGUAGUAUUUUGAAUUACUAUACAAUUUUGUAAGGUAUUAUCUUUUAAGAUACAUAUUUUUUUAAUAUUAUCAUUUAUAGAAUUCCCAAUAGUACUAUCUUUAUUUUCUGAAUUAAUAGAUGAUUUUUUCACAUCAACAGAUUCCUCAUCAUUAUUUUUUGAAAAUUCUUUUAAAAUAUCACAUUUUUCAAUAAUAUUAUUUGUUUGUAUAUUUUCAUUAUCUGCUUGAGAUAUUUUUGCUACAUACUCAUCAUGUGUAAUAGCUUCUGAAGAUUUACUGAGAAGUAUACUCUCUAACUUUUUGCAUAUUUUAUUAUCUUUUAUAUGUUCAUCUGUAUUUUCAGCAUUUAAUGCCAUUUUUAUAUCGCUCACAUGAAUUUCAUCUCCAAGUAUAUUUUCUUUUAAUUCAUUUUUGUUUGAUAGUAUUCUAAAUUCUAGUAUUUCUUCUUUAUCUCUUAACCACAGAGGACUUGUGAACAUUUGUUUUAAAAGGUAAUUAGAAGCUCCAUAACAAUGUGAACUACAAAAAUUUUUACGUCGUGUUAUAUCAUAAACCUUGUUUUUUUUUGUUGAUAUAUGAUACUGUUGAUCAAUUCUUAUUGUUAAUGCAUUAUUACAUAGCACAUAACCACAUAAUUUAAUUAUAGCCCUUUCUUCAAUUACAUCUUCCAUAUGAUGUUUGUUAAUGUACUUCAACUAUAAAAAUUGAUAACUAUUUAAAGUAAAUGUCAAAUUAUUUGAAUGUUUAAAAUUAUACUUACAUUAGAUAAAAGCCAUUCAGAAUCUAUUUUUGGUUCUAAAAGCUGUUCGACAAUUUUGAGAGCUUUAGCAUCACAUUCUUUCUUUUUAAUUAUUGCUAAUUGAAUUUGUGCUUUACUUGAAUAAAAAUGUAAUAAAUUAAAUAAUGUAUAUCAUAUUUAGAUCAUAUUUAAAAUAUACAAAUUUAAAAUAUAAAUUUUAUGCAAAAUUUGUCUCACCUCAUUUUCUUUUUUACUUUUUUUCUUUCAAAUGUUCCUGUUUUAAUAGUGGAUGCUUCCAUUUUUAAAUAAUUAUUUUCAUAGAAACUACAUCAAUCAUAA